UGUAAUUAUGACUUCUAUACCGUAUGUAGAACGAAUAGUAGAGUUUUCUUCAAAAAAUAUUGAAAUCAACACGACUACCAACAGUACGAAUUUUACUCUACCGGCACAAAAUAUAACGUGUGCUCCAUAUGAUGUCUUGGUCGAGACAUGGCUUCUUUUUGACGUUCAUCAACUAGCCCGUGUCCUGAUAACCUGGUCUCUAUUUGUUUUGAGUGCAACAGGAAACGUAUUUGUUAUAUACUCACUUCGUUUGAUGAAAAGGCAACAUCAUUUUUUCAUGUUUCAUCUAGCAUUAGCAGAUCUUGCUUAUGCGUGCUUUGUGUUGCCAACUGAUGCGAUAUGGAACACAACAAUGCAAUGGUAUUCCGGUGACGCUGUUUGUAAACUAGUUCAAAUGUUGAAACAGUUCGGAAUGUAUUCCAGUUCAUUUAUGGUCGUGGUAAUCGGAGUUGACAGAGUAAGAACAGUGUUGUAUCCCAUUGCAGCAAGUAAAACAGAACAUCUUGGAGUUGUGAUGGUCAGCGUUGCAUGGGCAGCCAGUGCCGUGUGUACGAUACCAGCGGGAAUUGUGUUCUCAAUUCUUCGAAUCCCAACCUGUGAAGGAGUUUUUAUAACGCAAUGUGUUGACAAUGAGAUUGUGCCGAAGCAAUAUCUCAACUCAUAUCAUUUCUUCUCAAUGUUGGCGAGUUUUUUACUCCCAUUCUUUUCAACUAUCGUUUCCUAUUCACUAAUUGUUUGUGAGAUUUCAAAAAUGAAAAAAAGAGAUAGACAGUUGAUGGGUCGUCGAAACAGCGUUAACAGUGAAUCGAUACAAAAAGCUAUCAACAGGACAAUAUUAAUGAGAACUUUGAUUACUUUAACAUUUUUAUUAUGUUGGGGACCGUACUAUGCUAAAGGAAUAGUCGAUUGGUUUAUCAGAGAUAUAUCUAUGCCUGAACCUGGUGGAACAGUAUAUAAGGUUUCCUAUAUACUCAUGUACUUCAACUGUUUUUUACAUCCUAUUGUAUUUGGUGUUUUCUUGAAAGAAGUUCGAAAGAAUUUUCAGUCGUGUUUCAAAUGCUUUUUCAGGCGGAAGGAUAAUCCCAGGAUUACUUUCAAGCCGGCCCCCAAACAGUCAAAUGCCAGUCAUCUGACUUGUUCAAGUAAUCUUUUAAGUUGGAAUACAAGAAAGACGAGCGCUUUAUCAGUUUCUGAUAUGAAUGAGAAUCCCAGGCUAAAUCUCUGGGGAAGAAACUCAGUUCCAGCGAUUAAAAGCGAACUAAAUAACAGGACAGAUUUAUGAAGUUAUCUUCAAUUUCGCACCAUUUCUGAUGCUUCGUGUUUUAACCUUUCAUAUUUUCAACGAGUUCCAAGUUUACGAAGAAGCCGGCCAGAAAUAGUUUGUGCGGGUGGUGGACAUGGAAUUUUAUCUCGUUAAAUCUGAGCUUUGGCAUAUUUGUGAUGGGAUCAUGGGGAACUGAUGAGAGCCUAUACCAUGACCUCGAACCGACUGGCAUAUUAAAACAGCUUUCCAAGUACGCCUGUAGAAUUUUUAUUCAGUUAGAAUGUUGGAAACAGAUUUAAAGCUUCGCCAAUUUCAGGCCAAUUUCACCAUAAACAUUUUAUAUAAAAACCUUUCAGAUUCAUUUUUGCGCUAUCUAGUACUACGCUAUACUCUUGCUUUGGAUGCUAUCUAAUUUUAUAUUUAAAUGUGUAAAUUUGUCUUGAACAUUUUUGUUCUAACUGUUUUGUAGUUUCAUUGACUCCCGAACUUUCUAUACUGGCAUUUUAGUUGUUACUUUGUAUUGCACCGAUGAAGAUUGCCAUGUAUAGGUGUCCAUCAGAGCUCUGGUUAUUCAAACGAGCUGUUGAUAAGCUGCAAGUAUUUUAAUAAUGUCAAUACUUCAUGAGAAAUAUGGAGGUUUGUGUGCUGCAAAACAUAGUGAAAUUCUGAAAAAACAAUUCAAAUAUUAAACACAAGAAGUAGCGUUGUAUUGUAAUUACCUUGAGUCGACUCAGUAUGCAUUGAACUUUACUAACAUUGUAUUGCGCAAUUUUAGAUCUCGAUUUCAAAUAUUGCUCGCGUUUUUUCUAACCCAUCAAAGUUCCUCAAUUCCGCCCCUAGUGGCCUUGUGUCGCCUAAUUUUAUAUCGCUUUUUGUGUUUUACAAUUUCUAAUUAUUUAUUUCUGUAAAUUGUUUAAUGUUCCUUUUAGUUUUUUCAUAUUUUUUUUUUCAAAUCAGUGUACCAAUGCUUGUUUUACUGAAAUUAAAUCGACUAAACGCUAGUCAAACACA